AUGUCACACCUGACUCCCAGUUUCAACAACCACCUCUACUAUUCGCAGAAUGGGGAACAGGAUGACAGCCUCAAGCGUCUCUUCGCCUUGAUCGACGCGACGACCUACCUUCCAAGUGUUGUGCUGGACAACUCUCAGUACAUCACGAAUCUUCGGUGCAUAAGGGGCGGAUUCAGCCUGGACUUCACUACCUACUCGGCCCUACGUCAUGCUCAGAAAUACUGGCGCGGUACAUUCAUUGCCAUCACUUCGCAGUUGGACUGCGAUGGCGAUCCAUUUGACCCGCAGAACGCCUUCUGGCGCGUGCACUCGGUUUACUUCCCCAAGGCUAACUUCCCCCGUCAAUUCGGCCCUCCAGGUCCUGGCGGCCCCGGCGGUCCCGGUGGUCCUGGUAGUGGUCCUGGUCCAUGGACUGCUAUGAUGCGUGCCUCGGAGAUGGACAUCGCAGACGCCAUGAAAGAUGUCGUGAUGACCUGGGGUACCACAGACGACGGCUCAAGUGGCCCUGGAAGUGGCAACCCGGACAACACCACCACGAGCAGCGCGAGCUGGAGUUCCACGAGCACUACGACUGGUACAUGGAGCACGAAUACCUCAACAACCACCGAUACCUCAAGCUGGACCACGACCACGACCACCGAUACCUGGACCUGGACCACCCCCACUGGCACCCCCAGCUGGAGCUGGUCGGCCUGCGGCGCUGCGCCGUCUGCAUCUGUGUCUGGACAGCCGGCGGCAGCUUGCGGGGACAACUUUGAUCAAAUGCUGGACGCCCAGCAGGGCUUCCGCAGCUUCAACGAUGCCGACUUCCCUGCCGCCAUGCGGGCUUUCGCAGCUGGGCUUGAUAACUUUAACCCCAACUCGUUUUCGACCGACGCGAUUGCAUACGGUCCUGAUGUUGGCAACCCUCCAUCGAGGCGUCUCUUCCAUCGCAUUGUUUCUGUUAUAAAAAGGCUCGUCAAACGGGACUUGAAUCCUUUGGCAUUGCUGCAGAUAGCCUGCUACAAGAUUGCCGACCAUGCCAAGUCAGCCAACGUGGAUAUGACUUCAGUAAUCGCCAACGCUUCGCAAGUCAAAGGCCAAUUCACCAACGACCAAGUCAGCCCCAACAUGACCGGCAUGAUGGACACGAACGUCCCCGUCAACCUCGGCCGCAGUGAUACACAGGACUCGCAGUACUGGGGGCCUGGUUACCAGCUGACUCCUCCCGACGGGUCUGAUCCCGGCGCUGAGCUGUGGUGCAUUAAAUGUCAAAUGACCGGAAAUGUGCACAUUUCAGGAUCAGUCCGCCUUGCUCUCGACUCUAAAACUCUCACCCAGGGCGUCAUAACCUUGUUCGGAAAGAUGUCGAGCAACAUGGGUCUCGGUAUCAACUCAGACGGACAGUAUGACGCUAACUUUGAGAGAACACUGUCAGUGUUUGUCCCGCCGGGUUUCAAAAUCGCCAAGAUCGUCAGUCUUGGUAUGGUGAUGAGUAUGGGUGCGAGUAUCGACAUGACCGGCCAAGGCUCAGGACAGCAAUUCUACUCCUCCUCCGGCCAAACCGACAGCUACUCGAUACGCCUCGAUUUGGUGGAUAAUAGUCAAUCGUCAGCCACGUGGCAGACCGACUACGCCCCGAACAUCCUAGCAGCGGGCCAAAUGUCAGGAUCAGGGACUUUCAGUUUGCCAUUUACGCUUGCCGUCACAGUAGAUCUCCCUGCGAUAGGUUGGCGCAACACUAUGUCCAUUGCCAACGAGCCCGAAAUCACUGGCUCGAUCGAGUACUCCACCCAAUCUGACGAUCCGAGCCAGUGCCCCAAUGGGUUCGCAUAUAAUCUUACCCUGGCAAAUGCGGUGUCCGGAAGCUUUUCUGGAGGCGAUCCGAUGCAACUUUCCGAGGAGCAGGGCCCGUCCAAGAGCGGCUGCUACCAGAUGAAUUCGACGGAUACGACUGACAAUACAGACUCGACGGAUACGACUGACAAUACGGAUUCGACUGAUACGACGGACAAUACGGAUUCGACUGAUUCGACGGACAACACUGAUUCAACUGAUUCUACGGACAACACUGAUUCGACGAGUUCAUCAAGCACGCCGAGUCUUCAGAAGAGACAGGAUAACCCACCAGCAGAAGAACCGGCCUCCCCAACUGAUGCCGGUGCAUCAACACCCGACUCCUCGACCCCAAGUGAGUCCACGCCAUCGGCAGCAGCCGACCCCGCAGACCCAUCAGCAGCCGACCCUGCAGGUGCAGCUGGCCCUGCCUCAACUCCGGACUCCUCCACCCCGGGCGAAUCCACACCCCCGGCAGAAGCCGACCCCGCAGACUCAUCAGCAGCCGACCCUGCAGGUGCAGCUGGGCCUGCUUCAUCAACACCCGACUCCGCAACUACACCGGCAAAUGAGGCUGUACCCGCAGGUGACUCCACAUCUCCAUCAGCAAUGGAAGUCGCGGCCACAACCUCGUCAUCGGACACGCCCGUGGCCGCAUUUGGUCCCACAGGUGAAUCAACAACGCCUGCUGAGACUCCAACCGGAGCCGUCGCAAUGCCGACCGACAGCCCGUCUUCGGCCGAGCCCGUCGCUUUCCAGACCAUGCCUACCGAUAGCUCGUCUCCUACUGAUUUCAAUGCUGUGGCGGCCACGGCGACCGAUAGCUCGUCUUCUCCUGAUGCAAACGCUGUGGAGGCUGCGCCUACUGAUAGCACGACUUCUGACUUCUUCGCCCUGGCACCCACGACAACCGACAGCUCGUCCUCUGAACCCUUCGCUUUGGAGUCCUCGCCAACCGAUAGCACGACUUCUAGCGAUGCCAAUCUUUUCGAGGCCGCGCCUACCGACAGCACAACUUCUGAGCCCUUUGCUUUGGAGGCCUCGCCGGCGGAUAGCUCGUCUUGGACUGGGUCUUGGACUGAAACCACAACUGACAACGCCGCCUCUCCGACUGUUAUGCCUGCUCUGGAUGCAACGUCUUCAUCUGAAGAAGCUUCUCUGGGUGCAACAUCUUCAACUGAAUCUCCUAGCCAGAAUGUGGCGUUUCCGUCGGAAACCCCCGCGGAACAACCAACUGACACUAGUUCUUCGCUUGACCUCGGUCUCCAGCAGACCGCUCCCACGGAUACGCCAACGUCAACCCCAGCUGACGCCGUGGCCCAGGAUUUGUCUACCACGACAACCGAGUCCACAUCUUCUACACCUGUGGAGAUUGCCGAUAUCAGUACAUCAGCUGAAGCCCCUGAGGACUCGUUGACAAUGUCCGUGUCUCCUGAUGCCUUUACAAGCGAACCUACAUCCACUUCGAUUUCGACGUCCACGUCAACCUCAACAUCAACAUCCUCGACCACGUCAACUACGUCAACAUCGUCCACGCCGAUCUCGCAGCCCACGGGUGAUUCGACUCCCUCGAACAACUUUGACGGCGGCGUUCUCAACCAAACCGCAAUGAACGAGCUGAGCAACCAAGCUGUUGACAACACGGGAUUGGACUACAAGAACCAAAACGGCAUGCUCUACACCCGAAUCACCGAUUUCACGAACUCGUGGCAUCUUUCCGUAGACGAUCUCGGCAGCUUCAGCCUCCAGCAAGUCGGCGACGCUGAUGGCGGCGAGAUGUUCGGCUCAUUCGCUGGUGUUAUAGGAACUGAUGCCCAGAAUCGCGUCAUGUGGUACUAUCCCGGCCAAAUGAAUGACCUCGGCGUGUCCCGCUUCCGCAUUGGCGCGACGACGGCGAUCCCCUCGAACGGAGUCCUUGUCGCGCUGGUGCAGGUCGGCAGCCCCAAAGCCGUGGCAGCCAUGGACACGCAAGGAAAUCUCGCCUACUUGGUGGCCUGCAACUACAACGGGAAUACGAACAAGGUGUUCCUGUCAAGUGACACAGUCAACGGGCCGCGCAAGCUGGAGGACGAAAGCUUACAGAACACAGUCACCGGUGGAGUUACCCGCGACUGCGCGCCUAUGGCACUUUACGUGGAGACCGGAACUACGAAUGCGGGAGAUUAG